AUGGCAGACCUCAUACAAGAUGAACUCGACCUGGACCUGCAUGCCAUCAAGUUUUACACAGACAGCAAGGUAGUACUGGGCUACAUCUGCAACGAAUCUAAGCGAUUCUAUUUGUAUGUCCACAACAGAGUCCAACGCAUCCGCUUGUCAUCAAAGCCUGAACAAUGGCACUAUGUACACACAGAGGAGAACCCUGCAGACCAUGCAUCAAGAUCCUUACCUGCAUCUCAUCUUGCACAGACAUCAUGGUUCACUGGACCCUUAUUUCUGAGUAAACCGCCUGUAGAGGAAACACAAACGAAGCAGACGCUUGAGCUAAUUGAACCUGAAAAGGAUGCAGAAAUUCGACCAGAGAUACAGACUUAUGCCACUUUUUCAGACAGUUUGGUACUAACACCUGACCGCUUCCAACGCUUCUCCACCUUCACCUCUUUGGUAAGAGGGGUAGCAUUCCUUGUCCACAUUGCCAAGUCAUACAACCACUCAGUUCAAAAUUGCAAAUGCAAAGGAUGGCACAAAUGUGACUCACCCCGCAGUCCAGAUGAAUUGGAUCAAGCCAAGGAUGUUAUCCUAAAAGUGGCCCAACAGUCAGCCUUUGCAAAUGAACUUUCAGCCCUUAGAACUAACAAAUCAAUACCCAUCAGCAGCCCUUUGGGGAAGCUCAAUCCAACCCUGGAGAACAACCUUAUCAUUGUUGGAGGUCGACUUAAGUACUCCAACCUCACCCCUGUGGAAAAGAACCCAAUAAUCUUACCAAAAGACAGCCACAUCUCCCUACUGCUUACACGCUAUCACCAUGAAAGGGUGAAACACCAAGGUCGACACCUGACAGAAGGUGCUAUCAGGGCUGCUGGUCUGUGGAUUUUGGGACGCAAGCAACUUAUCAAUUCAGUACUCCACAAAUGUGUGACCUGCCGCAAAUUGCGUGGGAAACAGCAAGAACAACGCAUGGCAGAUCUUCCACCUGAACGCCUCAAAGUCUGCCCUCCCUUUACGUAUGUGGGACUUGAUGUCUUUGGUCCAUGGUCCGUUACUACCAGACGCACCAGGGGAGGACAAGCAGAAAGCAAGAGGUGGGCCAUUAUGUUCAGCUGUAUGAGUUCACGAGCAGUCCACAUCGAGGUCAUAGAGUCCAUGGACACAUCUAGUUGCAUUAACGCACUCAGACGCUUCUUCGCACUUCGAGGCCCUGCAAAACAGCUAAAAUCUGACUGUGGCACCAAUUUCAUUGGCACGAGCAAGGAGCUUGGUAUGGACAAAACUAUGCAAAGGUACCUCAGUGAGCAAGGAUGCACCUGGGAAUUCAACCCACCACACGCCUCUCAUAUGGGAGGCUCCUGGGAGAGAAUGAUUGGCAUUGCCAGAAGAAUCCUUGACUCAAUGCUCCUACAGCAGAACACACAACUAACUCAUGAAGUACUGUGCACCCUGAUGGCAGAGGUUACAGCCAUUAUAAAUGCACGGCCACUUACUCCUGUGUCUUCAGAUCCAGAGAACCCCUUCAUUCUCUCACCAUCAAUGCUCCUCACACAGAAAGUGGGAGUUUCUCCUCCUCUUGGGAAUUUCUCAGACAAGGACUUGUACACUAAGCAAUGGAGACAAGUUCAGGCCCUUGCAAACCAGUUUUGGACCCGCUGGAGAAAGGAGUACUUACACUUAUUGCAACUAAGACAGAAAUGGACGGCAGUUCGCAGAAACCUUCAAGUUGGAGAUCUGGUUCUACUCAGGGACAAGCAGACUGCCCGCAACUGCUGGCCAAUGGCCAGAAUUACUGCCACAUUCCCUGGAAAUGAUGGACAUGUCAGGAAGGUUGAGUUGAAGAUAACUGACCAAGGAAAUCCAAAGACCUUCCUGAGACCUGUAGGAGAAGUUGUUCUACUUUUACCUAAGGACUGAAGUAAAAACUGAGUUUGUAUUCUCAUGUUCUUAGUGACCUCACAUAGGUCAGGCAGGGAGUGUGUUGUCUCUAAGGCAUUUGUUUAGCUAAUUAUUUGUUGAAGUUGUUGUUAUCUAUUUUGGUGAAGGGCCAGGUUAAUAAUUACAUAUGUAAAAGGAAAUGAUAACGCUAAAUCUAUUUAC